AUGGCAGAAACCAAGUCCUCCGAGGGCACAAAGUCCAGCUGCGUUUCUGCCUUGAUCUCUUGUUUCAAUCUCGGAUCGAAGAAGAAGCCUUCCGCCUCACCAGGACCGACGCCAAAGCCAGCCGUUCCAUAUGAACCAAAACCACAGUCGCCGACCAAGUCUGCCGGUGAUUCCGUUUCGAACGACAAGGCCGAGUCAAUCUCAUCCAAACACGCAGGAACCGGAAACACAGACGCCGACAGCAAACACAGUCGAGAGUCUACCGAAGCACAUGUUGAGGCGCCCUCCUCAGACGCUCAGCUCGUCAAGUAUCAACCUAUCAUCGUUAAAGAAAACGCGCCAGUCGACCUAUGGCAUAAGGCGCUCAACAAGACUCAUCAAGACACCAAGUCUUGGAUGGGAAAGUUCGGCAUCGACCGCUCGAGUACCAUCCGAGUCCAAGAAUUGACGACACUGGUCAGGAAAAGCGAAGAAACAUACCAGGAUGCCAGUUCAGGACUGAAAAUCGGAGAACGGAACAUUUUGUGGAGGGACUAUGCGAAUCGAGUUGUGGCUUGGGUGACUAUGAUCGGCGACAUCAGCGUACCAUUCGCCCCUGUGCCAGUCUCGCCGGUGUGGUCAGCACUCAGAGUGCUCCUGCAAGCCGAAACAAGUCGAGUUGAACAAAUCACUGCUGCUUUUGGCGUCGCCGACCGCAUUCUCAGCGUUGUCAGACGGGGUCAGAUAUACGAAUGUGUGUACGGCCUUUCUAGCGCGAACUUGACAGAACCCUCGAGAGUGCUCCUGAGGGACUCUGUCAUUGAGCUGUACAGAUCCUCUCUGGACUUACUAGCCACGACAUCAACUCAGCUAAACGGACAAGAAUCCUGGGCAGCGCAGUUUCUCACGGCUCUCACUGACCCAGACCUCGCAGAAUCGUUGUUAUCAGACCUGACGACCGCGGAGAAUGACGUCUCGAAGAACGCAGAAGCUUGCGUCUGCGAGUCAACAGAGAGGAAUCUCGAGCUGUUGCAAAGCCUUCACAGCCCUCUGCGACGAAUCGACGAUAGGAUAGUGCAGCUUCUAGACUGUUUCAAGGAUAUCGAUAGCCGAGACAGAGAGCAUGCCAUGAACUACAUCAGUGACAUCAAGGUUGAUGAGAUUCACGUCGCCAAAAAAGAGUUAAGGACUGAGGGAACCUGCGAAUGGCUUAUACAGCAUCCGAGCUUCCUUGCGUGGGAAGAACCAAGCUCGUCAUCAAUCCUAUGGCUCAACGGCCAAGUGGGAGCUGGGAAGUCUUUCUUGACGUCUAAAGUGAUUGAUCGCUAUCGGUGUCGUCCUGGCGAUACCUUGAGAUCAUCAGAGAACGAUGAAGGCUUUGCUCACUUUUACUGCGAUCGCUCACUGAUUGGCCGAAAAGAUAUAAAGUCUAUUCUCAGCAGCUAUAUCGUGCAGCUCUUGGCGGUGUCACGCCACCGCGAUCGAUGGCACAAGCAACUUCUCAUGUUUUGCAAAGAUGCUGCGGCGUCUCGACGAAGUUUAGAAAUAUCCGAAUGCGAACAAUUUGUACGCGAACUGGUCAACACGUACCCGCGAUCUAUCCUGGUUCUUGAUGCUCUGGACGAAUGCGAUCAGAGGUCAAGAACGCAGAUUAUGAGCUUUUUCCGGAAGUUGAUCGAAGACUCUGACCGGCCCGUCAAAGUGUUCAUAUCCAGUCGCCCAGAAACCGAUGUAAUUGAGUUAAUGGAGACGUCGUCUUGCAUUCAGAUCAGCACCUCGGACAACCAUAAAGAUAUUCAGAAAUACAUUGACCUCAAGCUCAGCCAAGUCGGUCUUAGCCCUGUUUGGAAGAGACAAAGUGUUCAGUCACUUGUGAGAGAGACUCUUCUCAAGAAACAUGGUGGAAUGUUCAAAUGGGUUCAACUGCAAUGGGAUCAGUUAGAACCGUUGAGGACAGAGAUCGAUGUGAAGCAGCGACUCAUGAAGCUUCCAGAGGGCCUCGUGGCCUCUUACGAGGAGAUAUGCUCUCGGCAAGCCAGACACGCAUUAGACAUUCUCAUGAGAGCCGCUAUGUGGGUCAGAUGGGCCGAGGUACCGCUACCGACAAAGGUUCUUCUUCAGGUCGUUAAACUGCCGUUCUGCAAGACCCAUGAGGAGUUUGAGGCUGCCUUGGACAAUGACAGCAUCAAGGAGGCUGAACUAGGCGACAUAUGUCGUCAUCUGAUCAUCUUUAAAGAGAUACCCUCAGGGGAACGCGCCACAAAUGCAAAACAUUGGAAUUGGAGAUUUCCGCAUGCCUCAGUCGCAGAAUUUUUCGACAAUAAGCUCAAACACUGGAAGGAAAAUGAAAACAUUUAUGGUACUCCCGUUGUCAACCACUCUUGA